ACGGAGCAGAUGCACAGUUCUGCGGGAAAAGACGAUGUCUCCGGUUAAUUCUGAAACAUCAGUUUUUAUAUUUUCACGAUGAAAGAGAACACCGCCGCCCAACAGAAGCCGCCAGGUCGAAAGGGAUGCUGGUCGGAGUGGUGCCAAGUGAUCCUUUUCGGUGCAUCAAUAUUCAUUAUACUGGCCGAGAGAACCGCGCUGCUUUACUGCUUUGGGUACUACCUGUGGCACACCCGGAUGCUGUUGGCGGGGCUGACCCUCGGCCUUCUGCUGCCGGGGACAGCGGCUCAGGUGCUGAGCUUCCUGUGGUACCGGGCGGAUGGAGACCAGCGAAAAUCCUUCCUUAUUUUCAUACAUGUGAUACAUAUGGGCAUCUUCAAAAGGCUGUGGGACUGCAUGCGAUCUGUGGGGGGUGAGGUGAUUACGGUGGUGAUGCAGCAAGCUGAUGCUUCAGCCCUCCGCCUGCUGGAGGCGCUCCUGCUCACUCUGCCACAGACUGUGCUGCAGACGUACAUUCUGUUCGCCACAGACGUGGGCAUCCUGUCGCCAGUGAGUGUGUGCUGUGCGGUCUGCCUGCUCUCCCUCUCCUGGGCUCUGAUGCUGUACGCCCGGGCGUGUGUCCUGAUCCGGCCGGGUCACCUGGCCAUGCCGCCCGCCGCCCUGCUGUGUCUGCUGCUCUGGAGGGCCAGCAUGCUGGGCGCCCGAAUCUCCAGCCUCAUGUUCUUCACCCGCGUCUUCACCUGGUGGAUCUGCGGAUUUGUGGGUUUCCAUUGGCUGACCGCGUGUUUCUGGCUGGUCUCUCAGCAAACGGACAUCUACACCACUCCGUGGCGCUGGCGUCUCUUUAACUGUGUUCUGGGAGCCGUGCACGUUUUUGACUUCCUCAACGUUAAAGAUGGACCAUCUAGGUUUCGCAUGGCUGCCUUUUAUCUGGUCAUGCUGCUGGAAGCCGCCAUUCUCCUGCUGCUGCCCUCCGACUUCUUGGGCACGGCGACGUGGGGCAGCGUGGGAAUUCCUGCCUCUGUGUUCUGCAGUUUCCUGCUGGGUGUAAUAUUCCUGACCUUGUAUUACCGAUUCCUCCACCCGAAAUCCACCGAGAUCCUGCAGAACCUUCACCACGACCGCAUGGGCAGCGUCUGCCUGGAGAGGGGGGAAUCCUCCUUCUCCCUGGGGGACAAGAUCAGGCCGGUGCCAGCCGCCCAAACGCACGGCACCUUCUCCCUCACCGGCGAGGUCCGCUCUCUGGUGGAACCUUCCGGGAGCUUCACUGCAGAGCCUGGGGGGGAGUACCGCCACCAUCACUGGCUGCUGAUCCGCCUGGCCCUGAAGACAGGAGACGUGGUCAAGAUAAACCGGGCCUACGGAGCCAGGGGGGCGGCGGCCAUGCUGAAUGUGGAAGAUACCAAGCAGGUGAAAGGGCGGGGGAGUCCUCCGCCGGAGUCCGAGGCGAAUCCUGCCAUUUUGCCCAUGUCUGAUGGGAAGGAGGAAUUCCAGAGCGUCAGUGAGCCCACUUCCCCUGAUGACCAGGACGAGGAAGACCAGGAUGAGGAAGAUCAGGAUGAGGAAGAUCAGGACGAGGAGGACCAGGACGAGGAGAACGAAGGCGAAAAGGACCAGGGAGACAAGCGGCAGGAAACAGUCCUGGAGUCUCCCGUCACCAAGCUGAAGAGGGCCUCCCCUGAGGGCAAGUCCCUGCUGCUGGACAGUCCUGAGCGAGUCUUCUGCCCGACGGAGUCCUGCACCACGCUGUACUUCAGCGCAGACCCUCAGUCCCCCAGCAGCGCCAGCAACAUGUACCUGGAGCGAGACGGGACCCCGUUGAGCACCAUCUCAGGCGACAAAGGCCUGGCCCGGGAAGUCAGGGAGUUCUUAAACCGGCCCGAGCCCCGCUACACCUCCACCCCCAAGGGGAAGCUGGGGGGUCCCGAGUCUCCGGUGGCUCGGCUGGGAGCCGCCCGCAGACAGCUGCUGCAGUCUAAGAAAGGCGCGGCUGACAGGCCUUAACACACGCGGGGGAAGAGGUUCAGAGAACAAAAAACUAAGCCAUAGAAGGCUACACAUGCUCAAACCUCAUGUUUAAAAGA